UGGUGGCAAUGGAACGCAAGGGUGCCUGGGACACGCUGCUCUGUGCUGACACCCACCACUAUGCUGUGGGUCUGCUGGCCAGGGAGAUGUCCUGUGUCUCCAUACCCUCCUGUUCCCAGAUCUUUCGCUACCUGCUCCGGCUGCUGAGCACACAGGAGCCACGCUGGGAUCUGCCUGCCCUGGCGUUCCUUGUGGAGGUCCUCGAGUGCCUGGACUUGAGGGAAUGCAGCGACAGUGUUCUGGAGAUCAUGACAAAGAACCUGCGGAGCAAGGACGGGGAGAGGCGUCACUUGGCACUCCGAGGCCUCGUGGUGCUGGGCAAGAAUCCCUUGAUGCUGCCCGAGUGCUUCGGGACGGGCUUUGGCCUCUAG